GGAAUGAGCCUUGACGGCUCAAGUUACAUGCGUGGAGCUACAGCUCCAAGUACUGGUUCGUUCGCUUUCUCACCUUUCGUACAGCAGCCGCAGUCGCAGCAGUUUCAGCAUCCGUUCUAUAUUAUCGGUCGUUCCCCUGCUCAACAACAACAACAACAACAACAACAACAACAACAACAACAACAACAACAAUAACAACAACAACAACAACAACAACAACAACAACAACAACAACAACAACAACAACAACAACAACAACAACAACAACAACAACAACAACAACAACAACAACAACAACAACAACAACAACAACAGCAACAGCCAGGCAUUGUUUUUCAGCCUCCAAAUUUACUUAUCAAUACUCAAAUCAAGACAACCUUGAUGUUUCAGAAAUAGAUUUCGAAACACGAC